AUGAUUAUUAAUGGAACUUCUUUUGAAGAGUUAUAUAAUGGACUUCGAAAUCGUGGUAAAGACAAAAAAACAAUUCAAUUAUAUGUAUCACCUACAGUAGAUGCUAUUGUAUGUUAUAAAAUCUUAUCAAUGAUGUUUGAAAAAGAUGGAUUAUUACAUUCAGCAGUUCCAGUUAAUAAUUAUGAAACAUUGUCAAGAGUCUUUAAAGAAACCAUUGGACAUACAGAUGUUCAUACAGUAUUUUUUAUUGACUGUGCUGGUUCAAUUGAUGUAAGUGAAUUACUUGGAGAUAUAGAAAAUAUUUUUGUAUAUAUUAUUGAUUCACACAGACCAUUUAAUAAAUUAAAUGUAACAAAUACAAAUAUUGGAUUAAUUACAUCAAAUGAAUAUCAACAAUUCAUUGAACAAGAAACACAAUUAGAAAAAUCUGAUUUACUUGAAGUUGAUGAUGAUUUAAUAGGAUUAAAUAAAAGUCAAUCAUUUAAUAAUUGUGAAUAUAUAAGAAAGAUGGUUGAUAGUGAUGGAGAAUUUUAUUCAGAAAGUGUAGGAAGAGUUGCACUUGCAAUUGCAAAAAAAUUAAAUAAAGUAGAAAAUGAUAUGUAUUGGUAUGCUGCAAUAGGUGUGUGUGAUCAAUACAUUUCAUUAAAAAUUAAUGCUAAAACAUAUGUUCACGCUAUUCAAUAUUUUAUUGAUAAUUUACAAUUAGAAACUCUAGAAAUAACAGACCUUCUUCAAACAGUUAAAACUCCAAUGUGUGUAAAGAUGGAUUGUCAAUUAAUGUUAUUACGUCAUUGGACUUUAUAUGAUUCAUUGUUUCAUACAAGAGAAAUUGCUUCAAAACUUGGAAUAUGGACAAGUAGAGGGAAAGAAAAAUUCGAUGUUUUAAUAGCUGAUAUGGGUAUUCCAUUAUCUCAAGCUCAACAAAGUUAUAAAACAAUGUCAUUAGAAAUGAAGAAUAAAUUUUUAUUAAAGAUGGAAGGAUAUUCUAAAUUCUAUCAUUUUGAAAAUUUAUUUCUCCCUUCUUUCUUUAAAAAAUUUGGAAUGGAUUAUUCUAUUAGUGCUUUUGAUGCUGCACAUGCUAUAGGGUCAAUCAUCACUAAUGAUGAACCUGACCAAAAUUGGCAACAACAAUUCUGGGAAGGUUUUAAAUUAUUGUCUAGUACUACUGCUGAGCCUUAUGACUUUGGAUUCGCCAAAUGUAUUGAAUCUAAUAAAAACUUAGUAGAGACAGGAAUUAUUUUAUUAUUGUCUGGAUCUUGUUUUAAUGAAGCAAAUAAAUAUCGAUUUUGUUCUGUUAGUGAUGAGUUAUUAUCAAUUCGGUUUAAAACCCCUUAUAAAGCAUUACAACUGGCUCAAUUUCUUGCAGAAGCAUCAUCGAGAAGGUAUAAGAAAUGGUUACCUUUUAUUCUCGCUGUCCUUGAUGCUGAGAAAAAAACUUUUGUAAUAGUAGGAUACAGCUCACCUAUUUCUGUUAAAACUCUAAAUUAUUUUGGGGCUAAAUUCACUCAAACAGCUCAAAAUAUGAAAAUAUCUAUUCUCCAAAAAAGUUUUGAUUCAUUUGUAACAGAAAUUCAUAGAGAAAACCUUGUGAAAUAUAAGAAAGCUUUGCACAAAUGUUUUACUUCUAUUUGA